AUGCGUGGAGAGUGGAAAGGGUUACAAGCUUUAAUUAUUCAAGAAUGUCCUUAUGCAUAUUAUGUUCAUUGCUUUGCUCAUCAAUUACAGCUAGCUCUUGUUGCCGCGGCUAAAGAAGUUGUUGAUGUUCAUGCUUUUUUCCAAAGUUUGAGUAAUAUUAUCAAUGUUGUGUGCUCUUCUUGCAAACGCAAUGAUGAAUUACGAUCUGCUUAUGCAACUGAAAUUUUCCAUUUAGUUGCAACUAAUCAAAUUGAAACAGGAAGGGGAGCAAAUCAAAUUGGCACAUUAAAAAGAUCAGGAGAUACUAGGUGGAGCUCUCACUUCAACUCAAUUUGUAGCCUUUUACGUAUGUUUGGAGUAACAACUUCAGUUCUGGAAGAUUUGGCUACUAAUGGAUCUACAUAUUCUCAACGUGGUGAUGCUACUUAUGCUCUUAAAUCUUUAUUAUCAUUUGAUUUUGUUUUCAUUUUGCAUAUGGUGAAAGAAAUCAUGGGAAUCACUGAUAAACUUUGUCAAGCAUUGCAACAAAAAUCUCAAGACAUUUUGAAUGCUAUGCAUCUGGCUUCUAGUACAAAGUCAUUGAUUCAACAGUUAAGAGAUAGUAGUUGGGGAGCACUUUUGGAGAAAGUUAGUUCUUUCUGCAAUGAUCAUGCUAUUCAGAUACCUGAUAUGGGUGCUUUUUUUAGUGACAUAAUUUGGUCUCGUCGUAAAAAGGAUGUUGUCACUGUUGAACACCACUAUCGUGAUGACAUUUUUACUAGCGUGAUAGAUUUUCAAUUGAAAGAGCUAAAUGGUAGAUUUAGUGAGCAAGCAACCGAGCUCCUCAUAUUGAGUACAUCUUUAGAUCCUAAAGAUGCUUUCAAGUUAUUCAGUGUUUGCAACAUAUGCAAUCUUGCAAAGAAUUUCUAUUCUUUAGAUUUUUCUGAGCAAGAAAAGAUUCAAUUGGAUUAUAAGUUACAACAUUAUGAACUUGAUGUGGUUAAAGCUCCAGAUUUUUAG